AUUUUAUUGCACUUUAGCUGUAAGCAGACUCGUAAAUAGAUGAAAUAGAAUUUAAAUAGAGCUCUGUUUCAUGGUCUGAAUGUUAUGACGUGAACUUUAAUUCGUACAUUAUUUGCAUCUUGUGUAUCUUUGCACGUUUUAAAUACCCAGUACGUGUAGAGAUAUUCACAGUCUAUUUAUAAGAAACUAUAUGUGCAGCGAGUGAAUUUAUAUAAUAUUUCUAUGCUUGCAGAAGAUAGAAGUAUAACAAAAGAAACAAAUGUUUAGUUGGUUUAGCAUAAGUUAUAUAUCUAUAUUUCUGACAUUUUUUUUACCUUCUUAUAAUCAUCUUGUAUGUUCUCUGUCCUGAUUUUAACAACGUUCAGCAAAAAUAUGUUCAGCAAAAAAAUAUUAACAAAAUAAUGAUGCUAAUUCUCGUGUAUUCAUGCUUACAUCUUUUCAUCCAACAUUGAAUUUCCAUUCCACGCAUUGUUCCUCACGUUUAUUUAUUUGUGGUAUCGUUCUCCUCCUAACAACAGCUUUUUCGUUUCAUUUCCUGGUCAAAUCGCAUUUUGUGGAACGAAAUAUCGGUGACAAGCCGAGUGUGUGCAUCCGAUGCUGGCCAAGAAAUCUUUAAAGGUGAUCGUAGCUCUCUUCGAGCUCCUUUGAUGCGUGGGGAUAACUGGAGCUACCAGUUAAGUCAAGUGUAUCGCGUCGAGACGAAGUAGUACACUGUUUCUUUCCGGAGUGCGUGCAUCGGAUCGAGGUUCCAGAGGAUUGGCAGCCGUAUAAGAGAAUAGAGAAGAGCAUCCUGGAAGUCUAGGAAGGGCAAUACACGCAGGAACUACUGUCCAACGAGUCGUUAAUUGACACACAAAAGACAUGAACCUCCUUUAUUUCGUGGCUGCGGUUAUAUGGACGGCAACCGUGACAGCGACAUUGGAAUCCGAUUCCCAUGGAAACUGGAGCAACGAAAAGGAACUCUCCGACGGUAUCUACGAUCAACAAGCACUUAACAGCCAAAAACACGGCGAAACUGGGAACGUCGAAGAAGAAUCAACAAGUCAAUACGAAAGGAUCUUUGAUGCGUCUGAAACAGUCAAACCUGCUGAAAAGGGAAAAGAAGAGGACGAAGAAGAAGAGGAAAAGGAAGAGGAAACACUGAUCGAGCCUCUUGGUAGAAAUGAGGAGAAUCAACAAGUGGCCGAAUCCCAACAGCAAUUUUCCAAGCAGCUAGUUCAACCGUACGUCGUGCCCCUGAAAGCGAAAAGCGUUUCAGGAAACGCGUCGAGCGAGUCGGCGGACAUUCCGAGGUCAACGAGAGUCAGUCAAGUCACAGCCAACGAAACAUUCACGGUGGAAUACGUCCCUUCUCAAGAGAUAAUCUUGCAAGACUACUCCAGCUACAACUCUCAGGAGAGUAGCGCCAACGACCUGAGCCAAACCGUCUCUAAAGGGAACCCGGCUGACGUUGAAAACGUGGGAGAGUUUGGGCAACGAGUUCGCAGCUCGUCCCCUCAGCUCAGGUCGAGAAACAACGACGGCCACAGACGACUACGGAACAAACAGUCGCUCGAUGCUCAAUCGUCCUCCACCGAGGAUCAACGAAAACAAUAUAGAAAGAACUUCCGUUCUUACGUGAGGAAACUGAACGUGAGUAGUUCCGACGCAUUCCCCAAGGAUCGAUCCCCUUUCUCUCCGGCGAAGAACGCAGCGCCGCAGAGAAGCUUGAAACAGAAGGAAACUGACAAUGAAGGAGAUCAUAUUGUCAUCAAGGAUGCCUCCUCGUCCACGUCCACGGUUCCAUUGGGCAAAUUCUCCGGCCCAAUCGUGGUCCCGGAUCUUCCGCGACAGAAGAAAUACUCGUACGCCACCACGGUCGACUACAUCGACGAGAACAACGAGGUAUCGAGGCCAGCAGUCGUUGAAUCGGCAACGCCGAAAGUUUCUGAAACCUUGGGCUAUCAAGCGGCGCCGCCUGUCGUCUUGAACCCUCUCCAGGUUGGCGUUGCUCUGAUGAACGCGGGUCAGGAUCUGGUCAACGGUGAGGUCACCCUGACGAAACUGUAUCCCCAGGAGGAGCCUGAGAGUCAAGAGGCUACGGAGAUCGGCGCGCCGAGUUUGAUCCAGAGCGACGUUCCGGGCAACUUGAGUUCCCAGAGCGACCAGGUCGGGCCAGUCAAGUCGGUGGAGAUCCAAAAGUCCGUGGAGAUAUAUCACACGGCGCCCAUUCAGGAGAUCCACUAUCCUGUGGAAUUCGUUCCCAAUGUUCAGCAGCUGCCGCUGGUGAAACAGCGCGGUCAAGAAGACCAGAGGAAGCCAGGUAGAGGUCAGCUGAAGGAACAGAGGCAGAAUCAGGUGAACGUGUACAAGAGCAACGAGAUUCUGGAUGAAAGUGUCUCGCUCAACAGCCAAGAACGUGGUCGUUACGAAUACAACGCGAACGAGAACGACGUUGUCUACUCAGCGACCUCUGGUCAGGUCGACCAGGCCGUGGCUGUUGCCAAACCCCCUACAGCUGUUUUCGGAGCUAAAGAGCAAGUGGACGGCAGCAGCCAGUACGACCAGGUAACGAUCAAACACUCCAAACUGCAAGGAGUCCCCGAGAUAAAUGUUAAACAGGGCAGCUACGAAGCAGCCGCCGCUGUUGCGCAACCGCCGAGAGGAGUGGAGAGUGUUCCAAGUUUGGCUAGUCCGGAGAACCUUCAGGAGCCGCCCCAGCAGAUUCUGCUGACCAAGGUCGCUGGCGAGCCGCCAGCCGAACUGAGGCUGCUGAUGUAUCAUCAUCCGGCGGAGAAGAACGUUCACCCGCCGCAAACGGUGGACGUGGUGGAGAAAAAGGUGCCAUACGCGGUGGAGAAAGUGAUCGAGAAGCAGAUAACGAUCCCCCAGCCGUUCCCCGUGCACAUACCGAUAGACAGGGUGGUGGAGAAGCAGAUACGGAUCCCGUAUCCGGUUCACGUGGAGAAAGUGAUCGAGAAGAAGGUGCCGCUGGCCGUGCAGAGGUUCAUCAUACCUCUGCCGAUUCACUUCAGGGUCCCUCAACCGGUCCCGAUCCCGGUGAAGAAGGUGGUGGAGAAGCCCGUGCCGAUCCCCGUGCCCGUGGUGGAGAAGAUCGUCGAGAAGCCGGUGCAUCUGACGAGGCCGUACACGAUCGAGAUUGAGAAGAGCAGGCCGUACACGUUGGAGAGCACCAAACUCGUCAAGUCGGUGCCGAUUUACAACGUGCAGCCGGACGUUGUUGGUUAUCAGCAACCGGUCAGACAGAAUUUUCAGACGCCCGUGGAGUCAACCUACGCGAGUGACGGCGAGCAAGGUUACUACAACUCGACGAGUCAGUUUUACGGUCCAGGAUACUUGAACUUGAACCGUCCUCACGCUAGGCAACCGACGUUGGUGCACGCGUUGCCGAAGAAAUUCGCAACCUCGUACAGCGUUCAGUAUCCCCACUCGGUGAUUUACUCGGUGAGCAACGGUAAUUUGCUGGCUUACGGCAGGGCGGCCGAAAAGGACAAGCUCAAGGACGAAUACGUCGGCCCAGUGCCAAGAAAAACUUCCAUCGGGAUACAGUCGAAGUCUCUCUACUCGUCGCCGGACGCUGUUCAGGCAACGCUGAGAAGAACCAGGCAAGAGGCUGCUGUCGGGAACACCGGUAGCUUCAGACAGUCCAAGAUGGAGUACGGAUUCAAACCACCUAUGGUGCCCUCGGUCCAGUACGACGAACAGACCGCGACGAAAGUGGAGUAAAUUUGCCCCGGGUUGUAAUUUCGCUUCUUCCGUUCAUUCAGCCGUUUAAAAUCCUUCGAUGAAUGACAAUUGGAUUGCACAGAAAUAUUCCACUUGUGAUACUAUAAAGACGUGGUUCCCAACGUGGCACAAUUUGAUCUAGAGGGGCAAUUCGAGAAUGAGUUAUCAACAGAGAUUGUUUCUUUAAAUGAAAAUUUAACUUUCUAAUCUGUUUCUUCCAUGGAUAUCAUGUUCUUUCGAAGCAUGUGAAACUCGACCAAGUUAAUUUAGGUUCCCUCCACGUCAAAAAAUAAAUUUUUGGAAUAAUAAGAAUAAUAAGAAUUGUGUGUCAUCAGGAUUUUAGAGAUGCUGGGAACCACUGCUAUGGAGAGUCUGGAAUUUCCAAAUUACGUGGCCCAAUUUUUCUCAUCAUUACUUUAUUACACUUCUUCGUUUGAAACUGGAAUUCUGUAAUUUUCCAAAGGAGAAACUCCAAAGGAGAGCGAAUCCUUCCCUUUUAGUCGCCUCUUACGACAAGCAGGGACUACUGUAGGUGAAUUCUUGGUCCCCACCCACAGGGACGAAUAGUGAAGAAGUCACUAGCAAAUUUCCCCCCUGUACAAUGAUCAAUUUCAACAAGCGGAGAGAAAUGUUUACUGUCCUCUGCAUCGCUUUCUUCACUAUCUGCUUUCAAGUGUUAACCCCAUGAUGAUUAAUGCAAUGUAAAUACAAGGAUGUAUUAUAUUUAUUGUAAGCAUGGAGGCAUUUAAGAAGAGGAAAUAUCUCAUGUAACGAUCAUCUAAAUAAAUUUCGUUAAUCUUGUUCUUUUUUUUUUUUGGUUUUCAUCGGAUUGAUUGUACUUUAGGUAGCAAAGACUGAUACAUAGUACAAUUGUAGAAAGUAUCACGUUUCAGAACUUCUUCUUGAUGCCAUUCUACAUUGGAUUUGAAGACGAAAUUGUAAUCAAUUCCUCUUUGAAAUUGAUAAUGUAGAGGAAAUGCACAAUAUAAUUCAACGUUUAUUCUUGGACGGUACCUGUUUAAUUGCUCGAACAAUAUAUAUUAUAACAAUCGUCAUAUAUCUCGUCGGGUCAAUGAAAAGAAAAAAAAAAAAAAAUACUGAUACAGUUGCAAAUAAUGAUUAGAAUACUCUGGACCCCCGCCCAGGAGAUGAAGUUGAUUUCUGCUGGUGACGCGCAUUAAUUUAUCCAUACGCACGUACAUACAUAUACAUACAUAUUAUAUUUAUAUAUAUAAUUUAUAUAUAUAUAUAUUUCUUUAUUUAUAUAUAACUUUAUGUAUAAUCUGUAAAGGUGAGUCAGUGCCGCUCAUUUUCUUCGUUGAUCUGUAAACUCUAUGUACAAUACUCAUUUUACAUUAUAUUAAAAAAAAGAAAAAAAAAAGAAGAGAACGUACAGUAGAAACUUGAUUAACUAGUCAUAUCUAGUAGAACUUUCUAGCCUAACCAACUUGGCUUAGUCAUCACCUAAUUUUACUUUCUCAAUUUAAAAUAUAAAGUGGUGUAUUUACAAAAAAAAAAAAGAAGAAAAAAAUAUCCAGUCUAUUGUAAUUUGUAAAACGAAUAGUUUUACAGUUGAUAAUCUUGUCAACUGGUUAUAGAUAAUGAAUGUUGGUGAAGAAAAAAGGUCACUAAUCAAGACUUUAACUGGAUUUAACAGUCUGUAUAAUUUGAUAUGCAACGUACAACAAUAAAACUGCAGAUUCUGAUGUUACAGAUCUUACAAAAUACUUCCGAUUGCUCUUAUAAUCGAGACUCUACUGUACCAAAUGGUAAACCUUAAGAAGAAGAAAAAAAAAGAAAAUAAAGAAACAAGAAGAUCCAUCUCUCACUCAUGUUUUCAGGGGCGUACAAGAAAAGUGUAGGGUACGUUCGUUUGAAUGGAUCACCUUGCACGCUCAGACCCCAAUUUGUAAUUUUUACGAUCACAGCUGCUACGGAAGAAAAACUGUACACUGACGUUCCCCGCGCAUAGUCUAGAAAAAUGUACAAACACAUAUAACAAUGCUCAUGUGCGGUCUCACGAGCAAACUCAAAAAGAAAAAGAGAGAAAACAAAUCUUUCUCUCUUUUCUCUGUUUUUUCUUUUUUCUUUUUUCGUUUCAAAACAAACUCAUCUCUUCCUUCGUCGUGAAGAAAAUUAUAUAUAAAUUCACGCUCGUCGAGGUCCCUCUCUUUCCCCCUUUUUUUUAAACGUAUAGUCCCUUAAACACCCGCUACAAUUCACCUCGAGUUGUCUUUAAUAAAAGAUAUGGAAUGUUUUGCUUUCAUUAUGGUACAUGUAUAACGUGAAAUUAACAUUCUGCGAUAAUCGUAUUUACAAGACUUACAAAUCGCACCUAAGAUAAUUCGUCAUCGGUCGCACUUCAAUCUCAAUAAUGUUGAAAGAUCAAAACACGAUUUUCUCUAUUUCUUUUUAUAGAAAAUUCUUGCGAUUCAUUACUACUUUUUCUUUAAUUUCUGUCUGUUUCAGUUCACUGUUAUGUUGUGAUUGAAAUGGAAGUGCCACAGACACAGAAACAGUGGCGUAGUCAGAUGCGCUGCAACUCGUUUUCUCCUUCAACUUAGUGUAAAUAAGCUACAAAUCUACAAUUUAGUCGCGCUCUUCUAUAGAAUUUUACAGUGACAUACACAA